AUGUCUUCAUCCUCAAACACCUCAGCCCCAGUCAAUGUGCCUACCACGUCAUGGGGACGCGAACUUGAGGAGGCUCUGGCUCAGCAGCCGGAUAUCAUUAUACCCCCCAUAUCCUUUUUCCUUCCCGCAUUCCGACCCUUAGAUUCGACACCAACGGUUGAAGUACCAGGCGCAAUACCGAGCCUUAUAGGCGAUGUCUUAACAGACAUUUUCCAGCAUACCAACGAAAUCGUCAUCACCGCCCUCACACCAUUCCUCCUCGCUGGUCACCCAGGAAUUAUCUUCCUGGAUGGUGUACCUUCACCUGCCUUGAAGGAAGCCCUUGGUAGGGGAUGCCGUCUGGAACGCAAGACGCUCGCCUUCUGCACGGAAAUCCGCAUAUUCCACCCCCGCUCUGCUAUUACAGUAAUCGACGUCGAGGAUAUUCUUGAUCCCUUUGAGGGACAACUCCUCGCCUCUCCCACUAACUCCUUGCUAUCCUUGGAUAGCAUCGUCUUCGAGCCACGCCAUUAUGGCUUCGGUGCUGUGGUGGGAUUUCACUCCCAGACGUCUGAUGGUCACUUUAUUAGGGUCAUCAUUCGGUUUAACCGUAGGCUGUAUGAUGAAGGGCUUCAAGUGGAACAUAAGGUAUUUGUUUCGUUCUGGUUUCAUAAGGACCAUGUCGCUUUGUUAUCAGAAGAUCGCCGCCUCCUGGAUGAGGAUAGUGCGCUUCUUGAUCAGCCGGAAAUUAUCGUCGCCCCUUCCUCCAUGCGUUAUAAAGUCCAUAUUUUCGAUUAA